AGAGACUAUCACUCAUUCAGACGGGUUCUUUAACAUUUCCGCGUUUUGGCAUUGAUCUUCAUUUGAGAAGUUUCUUCCAGAUCGAGGCUCAUCCGGGGGCAGUCGCACUCAUACAGUAGGAAAAAGAUCAUCAUCCUCACGGUCAUGUGUGUUAGAGCUGACGAUCACAGAUGUGUGAGAGCUGUAGCAGGAUGAAAGUGAUGACGCGCAGAUCUUCAGGCUCUUUUGGAGAGACGCGCGUCACUGGAGGAAUGCGCACUGGAGAGACUCUACAACUUUGACGCUUUCAGAGCUCAGAAGAUCCAUAAAGGUUCACACAAUGCAAUAAUCAGAAGUCCUUUAUUCUGGAGAAGACCUCUCAUCUUUUGGCAUCAUGGAUUCAUCGCUGUCCUCCAGCAACGCAACCCCUCUGUGCUUCUCCAUCAACAGCCCUCCGUUCGAUUACAACCACACCGUUGCUUCGGCGUAUUUCUCGGCCGUGUUUAGCGGACUGGGUCUCAGCUCCAACCUCUUCGCUUUGGUGGUUCUGGCCAAGACGUUCCAUCACACCAAAAGUCGUGCGCGUUCCAACUUCCUGCUCUUCCUCGGCGCCCUGGUGUUCAUCGACUUCAUGGGACUUUUGGUGACGGGCUCCAUCGUGGUCUCCUUCCACAUCACGCGCUUCAACUGGCGCGAACUGGACCCUCACUGCCACUUCUGCAACUUCAUGGGCAUGUCAAUGAUCUUCUACGGCCUAUGCCCGUUGCUGCUCGGUGCCACCAUGGCCAUCGAACGUUUCAUAGGCAUCAACCGACCGUUCGCUCGUUCCACGAGCAUGACGAAGAACCGAGCGUGCUCCACGGUGGUCAUGGUUUGGAUUACGGCCGGCUGUAUCAGCCUGCUACCCCUCACCGGGCUAGGAAGCUACCACCUGCAGAUGCCCGGCUCCUGGUGUUUCCUCAACAUCAGCUCCAAACCUAUGGAUAUGACCUUCAGCCUGAUCUUCUCACUGGUCGGCUUGUUGUCGAUUGCCGUGUCCUUUCUGCUCAACACGGUGAGCGUGAUCACUCUUCUGAAGGUGUGCUGUGGACAGGACAGCCAACAGCGGAGACGAGAUUAUGAAGUGGAGAUGAUGGUGCAGCUCAUCUUGAUCAUGGUCAUCGCCUCCAUCUGCUGGUGCCCUCUACUGGUGUUUAUUGCGCAGACCGUGUUGUCAGGCAGCAAGCUCGAAGUUCGCUACCUUCUUCUCUGGAUUCGUUUUGCGACAUUGAACCAGGUCUUGGAUCCCUGGGUCUACAUCUUAUUCCGACGUUCCGUACUGAAACGCAUCUACCCCAGGAUGGAUUGGUCCCGCGGCUCCAUCAUCAGCCUGUACCCGUCAUUUUCCACCUCUAUCCGCAAGCUCACGCGCGGCUCGCUGGGAGGAACGCUCGGACAAUUGGAAAAUCCAGACGGGGCCAAACCAGAUGAUCCUUUGUCAGAACAGAACACGUCGGUCUCCUCCGAAUCCCUUAAAAAUUAGGACGCAAGUCUGGCUUGCACUUCUCUACAUUAGCAAUGCAAAGGUCAUAUAUGAUAAAAGAAAAAAGUAUUGAUUGAAUGCACCGCAAUGCGUAAAUGUAAACAAAAUGAUGGAAAGCAUGAGUAGCUUACUAGAAAUGUUUAUUUUGUAGCUUUGUCCUGAUCUCUAAGUAAACACAUUCACACCGAAGUGUGCAGAAAUCAUAUGUUCUUGUGGAUCAGAUGUUCUUCAUCAUGCGUAACUUUAUGGUCCACGUUUGUCCGAGUUCUCUUGCCGCGGCAAA